AGCAGCGGAUGUUCACACGCACGCGCACACACGCACGCACGCGCGCGGAUGAUGGUGUUCAUUAGUAACGCGUGAAUCGAUCUCGAUCUAUAAUGAGUGAGCAGAGCAUCUGUCAGGCGCGGGCCAGCGUCAUGAUGUACGAUGACGCCAGUAAACGCUGGUUGCCGGCCGGUUCCGGUCCUCAGGCCGUCAGCAGGGUCCAUAUCUUCCAGAACCUCAGUAACAACACCUUCAGAGUGGUGGGCCGAAAACAACAAGCCGACCAACAGGUUGUCAUUAAUUGUCCUUUAGUAAAAGGCAUAAAAUACAAUCAGGCAACACCGACGUUCCAUCAGUGGCGAGAUGCACGGCAGGUUUGGGGACUGAACUUUGGCAGUAAGGAGGAUGCGGCACAGUUUGCUGCCGCAAUGACGCAAGCGUUGGAUAUUCUCAGCGGUCAGACAGAUGCAGGUGUUUGUCCUCCUCCUCCUCGACCUCCACAGAACGGGCCGAGCGCUGAGGAGUUAGAACACAGGAGAAGACAGGAGCAGCAGGAGAGAGAGCGACAGGCACCGGCCCCUCCUCCGGCUCCAGCUCCAGCUCCCACCUCUGCGCCUCCUCCACCUGGACCUCCACCUGCUUCAGGAGCCCCGCCACCACCGCCGCCUCCCCCGCCACCUCCUUCUGGAGGAGGAGGACCACCCGCUCCCCCUCCACCUCCCUCUGGAGGAGGAGAUGGCGGAGGAGGUGGAGGAGGAGGUGGAGGUGGAGAUGGAGGUCUGGCUGCAGCGCUCGCUGGAGCUAAACUACGCAAAGUAGCCAAGGAUGAAAGCGGAGCACCUACUCCUGCAGCGAGUAGUGGUGGUGGUGGUGGUGGUGGUGGUGGUGGUGGUGGUGGAGGAGGUGGUGGUGGUGGCGGCGGUGGUGGUGGAGGAGGACUGAUGGGAGAGAUGAGUGCUAUUCUCGCUCGACGAAAAAAAAUGUCCGACAAGCCAGCAGUGAAAAAAGAAGAAUCGACAAAUGGGGAUUCAACUCAAACUGACCCCAAACCUGCAGAUAAACCAGAAGCUGUCAAGAAGCCUUGGGAGAAACCUUCUUCUGUAUCACGUGUGAAUUCAGCUUCAAAGAAUCAAGAAACCAAGAGUCCAGUAUCUCCUUCCACUGGCGGCACAUUGGGCAGGACGAGGCCGGGCAGCACCGCAGGUGAUUCGGCUGGAUCCAAAGACUCUGCAGACAUGGAGAAAUUCAAACAGGAAAUCCUAGAAGAGUUUCGUAAAGAGCUGCAGAAAGUCAAAGAAGAAAUAAUUGGAGCUCUGCUGGAGGAACUGCAGAAGAUCAAUGCGGUGUAGCUGCGCAGACCUGAGGCGCACCUGACACACGGAUGAAGGAAGCUCUGAUCGCAACCACAAACAGAACAGUUUCAUUCUCGUGAUCUCAAAAUCACACGCUUGCCUUUAUUUUUAUUGUUUUAUUCAUGAAGUAUCAGGCUGAAUAUGAAUGUACUCUAUUGGAAGUAUUUUAAUAUACCAUUUGCGUGUUUUAAUCUCAGCACAUGUCGUCUUGUUUACGUGUAACUAGUUCACUUUCUUGCGUGUGAUAAUGUGUCAUUUUAUUAUUUUUGAACCUAGAUUACAUGUUGUUUACAAGUUUAAAAAGAGGAAAAUGUGAGAUUCUAUUUAAGAGAAAAAAGUAUUUUAUCUAAGUUGAAUGACAUCAUGUUUAAUAUGAUGUAUGAGUGAUGUCAGAGGUUUGUGUGUAUGUGAAGCUCUUGCGCGUUUGCAGUGUGUUUGUGCUUUAAUGCUGUUUCACCACCAGCACAGUCUAUGUCACUAACAAUAAAAUACUAUGGUUUUACCAUGA